AUGUCACCUGUAUUAUCAGAAGACGACACGGCUCUACCCAAGGUCGACUUCGAUAAGAUAGAAGACAAUCAAGAUGCCUUUACCCUUCUGCCUCACGGCCAUAAAGACAUGGUGCAAGCCACCGCCUUCAACGUAUACGGCGACCGUUUCGCGUCUAGCUCCGCGGAUGGCAAGAUAAAAGCGUACAACCGCCACAAGGACGGGACGUGGAACCUGUGUGAUACAUGGGCCGCACAUACCGCUGAGAUUCUACAGAUCCAAUGGCUUCCCCCAACCAUCCACCCCAACCUUAUAGCAUCCAUCGGCACCGACGGCCGCUAUAAGCUCUGGGUCGAAGACGCGACGCAGCCCCCGGGCAAGGGUCGCCGCUUCAACUCGCACAGCAACAAGCCGGUGCACGAGCUGCGGUCGCCGUCGCGCGCGCCCUACCUCUCCUUCGCCAUCACGCACAACCCGGAGACGCGGCACACGUACCUGGCGCUCCUCGACCGGCAUGCCGUGCUGAGCGUCUACGAGAACGACGAGCCCGAGAACCUCGAGGCCUGGAGCGACCUGGACCGGGUCACCGUCUGCGAGCGGCCGGCCCGCGGCGAGGAGGUCGCCUUCAAGGUCGCCUUCGACCCGAACCUCGAGCCGUGCUACGCCGGCAUCCGGCAGGGCGUCCCUCGGGAUGCGCUGGGCAUCGUUGUGGCAAGCAUGGGUAGGGCGAGCGUCUGGCGCACAAAGGAGAUUUCGCACUCGGUGAGUCUGGGGUCGAGCACGACGAAGGAGUUCUACCUCGCAGCGGAGCUGAAGGGGCAUAAGGGGCUAGUGAGGGAUGUGGCCUGGGCGCCGGGUAACGUCAGGGGGUUCGAUAUCAUCGCUACGGCGUGUAAAGAUGGUUUUGUGCGGGUCUUCCAAGUCACAACGCCUGGGAGGGGGGGCAAGACGCAGAGGAGCUUUGCGAAGGCGCCCGACAAGGUGGUGGUGGUGCAGCAGAGGAGCGUGGAGAGUGGCAGCCGGCCAUCGGGGAUCGGGGCGGGCUUGCAAGGGGCCAGGGCGGGCUUGAGCGGGAGGGAGAAGGAUGCGCGAAUAGGCGAGGGAGAGGUGCCGCAUGUUGCAAAGGAGGUGUCGAGGUUGGAGACGAUGACUCCAGUUUGGAAGGUCGAUUUUGAUGCCGAUGGGCAGCUGCUGGGGAGUACGGGCGAUGACGGGAAGUUAAUCUUGUGGAGGAGGGAGCCCAGUGGGGCUUGGAGCAAGAGUUCGGAGCUGGCCAUGGCCAAGACUCCUGUCUCUUGA